GACCAUCAUCACCCUUCCUGGAAGCUGGCCGAAAGAAACUUAAGGGACGCUCGUCAUUCCGCCAAAUUCCUCUGAAAGCCGAGUUGGAUCGAUCAACACAUUCCUGAAAGCCGAGUUGAAUCGACCAUCAUUCGUGGACAGAAAGGGAAGAAAUGUCCUAUUACGACAUAUUCUUAACCACCAAGAUCAUCACAGAUGAAACCUUUCGACAACAUCAAGGAUUUGAUAUGGCCUUGUUGGAUGACAAGACAAUGCCUCCCUCGCAACUUUUGACUCUCACAGUCCUCAAAACUGAACCGUUCUUAAAUUUUAAAUCUCGACUUGCUCAGAGCCUUGGUCACUCGCCUAAUUGCUUCCGUCUUUGGACAUUGGCAUACCAACGUCAUUGCGACUACCUGCGUGAGGCCACUACCACACGGCUAAUCAAAGCAGUACCAGAAAGUGAUCCGGAAUUGACAAUGCAGGAUGUCAUGAAUUCCCGACAGGCUUCCAGCCCGAAAACCCUCAUAUUCUACCUUGAAGUACUCGACCGGGUACAUGAGGCACGGUCUGGUCAAAUCAAGGAGUCUCAUAAGAUGGUCUUUGUCAAACAUUUUGAUGCUAAAAAUCAGAAAUUGGUUGGAAUUGGUCACUUUCAUGUUCAGAGUCGAGGAUCUUUGGACCCCCUCAUCAAAAACCGCAUGAAUCUUCCUUCAAAUGCAAAACUACAGGUUUACAAGGAAUUAGGUCCUGGGAAGACAAACGUGGAUAACCCCAAGGUGUACUCCUCUGACCCAAUACGAAAUGGGGACAUCUUUUGCUUUCAAGUUGAACUUUCCGAUUCAGAUAUUGCAGAGUUGAAGAGAAAAAAGCUCUAUGUCGAUGUAGUGGAAUUUUACAACUUCUUGGAAAACCGCGUUCUCGUUCACUUCAAACCUCGUCAUGAGGCAAUGUCUGCGACUAUCGAGUUUUCCUUGGUUCUCAGCAAGAAAGAUACCUAUGAACAGAUGUCCAAAUUAGUCUCAGCAAAACUUAAUCAUAGUCCCGAAAACCUUCGAUUCACUGGUAGUCUCAAGGGCUUUCCCCAGAACGUCAUUCAUGGACAGCGUACACCAAAUCAAAAUUCGGGCUACCCGAGCUACAGCAGCAGCGACUUGAAUAACAUCUUGUUCUAUGAGCUAUUGGAUCUGCCUACUGGCGAGGUUCAACAGAAGCGGAUGUUGAAAGUAACCUGGACCGGUGCUGACGACCGGGAAGAAGGAAAAUAUUCACUUUUGAUGCCAAAGACUUCAUCGAUGAACGCCGUAGCUGAUAAGCUGUCGACGAUGGUCACAUUUUCUAAAAAUUCGUCCCGAAAAAUCAAGCUUUUUACCAUCAAAGACGGCAAGAUUCAAGUACCGUUUACAGGGGAAGAAAUUUUGAAAGACGUACUCGACGUCGAAAAUAUCUACGCCGCAGAAGUCAGCACGAUGACGGUAAAACAGUACGACCCGGCUGCGAUGCUCAAGAUGCUUGAAUUUGUUACAAAGCUGAACGUCGAUGGAAGAAACUACCAACAGUGGUUAAAGGCGUUAGAGAGUGUUUUAGGAAUGGCUACAGGGAAGGCGGGAAUCCUAACUUCGCCAGGGCAUACGAUAGGUGCUGCAGAGGACCUCAUGAUCAAACAAGCGAUCACGGCUUCGGUUGAUAGUGCACUUGUAUCGACAGUCCUCGAAGCAGAAUCUGGAAUGGUGGCCUUCGCCGAGAUUCAGAAGCUCUACACGUUGAAAAGUCGAAGUGGGCACAUCAGAUUAAUGAAAGAGAUCUUGCGGACGAAAUUCGACAUGAACGAUGGAACGGUCGGUGUCGAAAGCCAUUUCCGUAGGGUCGAGGAUCUAGUCGAAACGCUGUUUGAAUCAGGUUUUCAGCUCACCCAUGAAUCUUUCAAAGGACUCCUGUUCCAUCUUUCACUGCCCGAACUUGAUGCCCAACCAUUUGUGAACAUCUGCAAGAGGAUUGACGAGCGACCCGGAGGUGCUUGUACUCCCACUUUCGGCAGCGUCGCCAAAGCACUCUGA